ACGCGUUACGUCGAGUCAACAGGUUCCGGUCGACCCCGAGCGUCGCGACGCGGCGAUGCCGUUCGCCGGUAAGAUCUCGGUCUGCUGACGGCCUCGGUAUGGGAGACGCUCAGAUCGGUGUGCGAGUGACGAAGAAAGUCCCCGUGCGCGAGAGAUGAGGACGUGAGAAGUCCCCAGAAAAUGUAGCCCGCAGGGCGAAACCGACUCUGCCCUGCACCGGUUCCCGUAUCCUCGAAAAAAGUCCUUCCACUCCUCUGCCACGAGAAACCUCCGGUAAGUGUGAGAAAUGAAUACGACCGUCCGUAAAAGAAAUAAAAUUCAGUGCCAGUGAAUGAAGGUGCCGAACGGUCGGCGCAGGGCACGGCGUCGAACCCUCCGUCCAGAAACAGUUCCCGGCAACGAUAUCAGCGAGCGGUGAGCAGCUAUAAAAUCGAGAUAACAGAAAUCUCCAUUAACAAAAGCCCGUACCUAAAGUAAGUGCCGCGAGUGGGACCGGUGGCGAUCGCGAGGUGACAUAAAACCGCUCUCCGGGAGCGUUCAUAUUACGUGCCGCGAGUGGACCAGUGACGAUAAUAGCGAUUAAUAUCUAUAAUCGCAGAUGUAACGAGGAGGCGAAGGAGAAGAACGAGGGACUCGAAGUAUGGAAUAGAUCGCAUCGGAUUCUGGAUAAACACCCCCCUAGGUACCGGGGAUACGGCUUCACCAUCUUCUGGUGAAAUAUUUCACAUCUUCCGGGGAAACGUACGACAUCAUCCUCCGGGGAAGCAUUUUAUUAUCUUCUGGAGGAACAUACAUCAUCCAAGGAGACUUGUGACGAACUUCCGGGGGUACCUCGACUAGCUUCCUGUCCGCCGAUGGAGCCGGCGCCGGGAGGACCGCGACCUGGCCGCGGCCCGCGGUGACUCGCGACCCGCGGCCUCCCCAGAGGGGUGCGGGGAGAGGGCGGAGAGAGGUUAUGCCCGCGGGCGCGGUAACGGCCGGUGGACAAGAUGCCGUUCGCGAUCCGCAAGGUGGAGCCGCGUUACCUGUGUCGCGGUCACGUGCCCCCAGGGCCGGACGCGCAGGGGUGGCCGGUGGGCGCCGAGAUGGGCGCCGUGGCGAACGGCGCCCUCACCGCCUCCCUCAGGCAGCUGGCCUCCCUCCUGACGGCCGCCGAGGACAUCUUCGCCGAGCUCACCGCCGAGCUCACCUGCCUGGCCGACCGCAGCGGUCUCCUCAGGCACAGGAUCGACCGCGUGGAGGAGCGCCUCGCCUCGGUCGACCCUAAGAAGAUCCCAGUCCCUGAGUCCGACAUCUGCACCUUCGCCACCAGAACGGAGCAUUUCCAUGUAACGAACGAGCCGUCGACGUCGCUCUUCACGUCGAAUUCCAGGCCGAAGGCUCUAAGCGAACUAUACGAAGCAGCAGCGAUAGUCGCUGUCAGGAGUUUGGAUUCCCUCAGGAGAGGCCAGGAUGGCAGUUCCCUGGAUAUGUUCCUCUGCACUCCGGUGCUCGGCAAGAGAAGACGAGAUCAAAGCCUGGACAUCGAGUCCAGAAUGCCGGCAGCCAUCGAGGACCUUCGAAGAUGGACCUCGACGGAGGCAUUGGGCGACGUGACGGUAGCUCCAGAUUGUAUGUCCAGGAUCCUGAGCGACGUCGACGGCGACGACGCCGUGGACCACAAGCUGCCAAGCCCUGAAGAGCAGGUGCAGGCGGUGGCCCUCAAGUUCCCUGCAGAGAUCGUGGCGGUGGACGUGAGCGGAAGAGGCUUCGAAAGGAUGUCGAUGAGGAGGAGGUCGCUCUUGGCAGGACCCGAGAGCCAGGACGCAGCUGUGAAGAGGAGGUCCAGACCCAGAAGACCCAGGGGGAAGAGACGAAACACGAUCGCAGGGACCGAUCAGAAAGAGAUUCGCCAAGCGAUCGGAGGGGAGACGACUGCGGACGAACCCGAAGAGCUGCUCGCAGGUGCAGCUCCCAGAGCGCACCGUUCGGCAAGUACGGACAUCCUGGGGUCUAAAAAGGAGUCCUCGGGGGAGAAGAAGUCGCACUUCAACACCCUGAAGGCGUGGGGCAUGUCCAGAUUGAAGCUGAUCAGUCCCAAGUCCAGCCAGAGUUCUCAACAGCUGGACUCCGAGGUCCCGACCGCGAGUUCCGACCAGGAGAGGACGUCGGAUACCGCCCAGGCCAGGGACCCUGAAGAGAUCAACAUCUACGAGACCGUCUCUUCCAGGCGCAGGAAGGAGAAAUCCCACGAGAGGAAGCCCAGCUCCUCCAGCUCCAGCGGGAAGAGCACGUCCAGCAUCCCCGUUUCCGUGCCGAGCACGGAAAGGCAACCUAGCGUAAAGCUCCGAGAAAGUGCGGCACAAAGGAGGGAACGCAGGAAAGGAAACGGUAGAGAUGAUGCCCCGCACUCGAGUUCUGGAAACUGGAGCGCAUCAUCCGAAAGCGGAAGAGCCAGCAUCGGAAGUGAGACGACGACGACGACGCACCAGCCGAGGUGCGGCCAUUUUGGAGAACGCUUGUCGACGACCACAGCGUCCAUCGGCACAUCCUCGACAUCCCUGAGUCACGUCCGAAGACUGAAGGGACGCGACACCUCGGCAUCCUCUUCGGUGACCUCGGAGGGUACCUUGACCCCGGACAUCAUUCAGGACAUCGCAACAGUGCCGUUUUCGGACGACGGAGAAACAUCAUCCGUGUACUCCUGCGACACCGAGGGGUAUUACACGUCCUUCCACAUGGACUCCGGCUUGAAGACCCUGAGGGAGGAAGAGCCGGUCCCGCAGAGUCCUUUGACAAAGUCUAACGACGUGAAUUCGGACCCCACCUCGCCUGUCGUGGAGAACGAGUACGAGUUAUUCGGCAGAGGUUCCACGUCGACGACCACCAGCUCUGCCGGAACCGUUUGCACGGCACUGAUGGCUCCACCUCCGCCAGAAAGGAAGUCCAGCUUGACGGUGGUGGCCUUGGUGCACGGGCAGAACCAAAAUGGCGGCGAGUCCCCGGACAGCGGCCACAACACGUCUUCCUCUCCCGUGGAGUCGGCGUCCAGUCCAGCGUGUACCGGAAGGUCCUGUUCAGAGUUCGAGUACUCCGAGUCCAGCGACCUGGAGGGUUGCGAAAGGAUCGAGAGGAUCCGCUCCAAGACUGCCAUCAACACCAGUCGCAUUCCGUCCAUGUGCGUCAUAACUCCUCCGGCGUCCGAUGACGAGACCGCCAGGGAGCCCGAAGAACACCUCGAGAAGCGGAAGGAAGGGUCCAAGGAGGUACAGGGACCAGGGUCGAUUCUGAUGUCCGCCACCGUGGGGACCUCCAAGAUGGAGGUGAUCAACGGGCAGGAUAAGAACCUCUAUGCUACGGUCCAGACAGUUCUGCCCUCCACGACUCAAACCCAGAACGACAGGACUUCGGGUCAAACGUCCACCUCCCAUGUGGGGCCUGCUAAGGUCAGUCCACUGAGUGGAGUCCUGGGGAAAUUGCGUGGUGUGCUCCCAGGGGCUAGGAAGAACUUGUCGAAGAACGCUGUCCAGGAAACGGCGUGCGCGGACUCCGGCGACUAUGUCACCAUAGCCGACGUGAGGAACAACAACGACAAGCGACCAGAGAGCUCCCCUUCGACGGCCAUUCGCUCUACAGCUACGUAUGCGAAUUCGGACCUCUUCAGGAAGGAUGCCGAGUACGUUAGUCUGAGCGAGCUGCCCAAGAAGCCGGACUCCUCCCUGGAGAGGAGGAGACAGGGAGCUAAAGUGACUCUGGACUCGGAGGGCAAGGUGGUGUACUCCUCGGACAGCUUGAAGAGGAGGAAGGGAGCGCACACCACGUUCAAUCCGGGGGUGUUCGUCAAGGAAGGAGCAUCUCCUACCCGGUCGCCUCUUCUGCAUCGACCUCAGACCACUGUCCGCCCUGUGACGAAGAGCUCCUCUGACGCUGUGGACGGGGGAGCCAGGGCGUCGACGUCCCCACAGUUGGGUAAGGUAGUCCGAGCUCUUCAGGGUCCGGACCGACCGGCCAGUCCGGAUUGUGCGAGGACCUCGAGCACGGUGACGGGCCCGAAGAGUCCCACCAGGGUACACGGACAGGUUCGCGGGGCUUAUGUCAACGUGCAAGCCGACGAAGAUAAUGCGGUGCUGACCAUCUCGACGGAGACGGUGCCCUCCGAGAUCAAGUCCCAACCUCCACCUUACGUCGGUCCACCACGUCCCCAGGAUAGACCCAACGUCGUCUACGAUCCCCUUUCCGGAGAUCCUCGCAGGAUCCACCAGGUCCAGGGCCGAGGGUAUCCUCGGAGUCUGAGCCAUCAGGAGAAUCUUUGCAACCAGGGCCAACCUUGUCACUUCCAAGCUCAUCCCGCCGACAGGAACCUCUACGACAGGAAUCAGCAACUCUUCGAGCGCCAUCGAGCCGCCAAUGGUCCCGAUGCACGCAUCUAUGCAUUGCAAGAACAGUGCGGACCGCGAGUGCAACACACCCCAGGGUGUGCAGAGAAUAUGCAGCAGUUUUACACCUUGCCGACAAGGAGACCUCGAAGGGAAGUCGAGGUCCCCAGGAGUGUCACCCCUGACAUCACCAGAGGCCUUGGAAGAACACCCCUUGCCGCCACCACGAGACAGGGCCAACAUACCAACACAUGCUCGCAUCUCGAACACCAUGGACAUGCCGAGGGCGGUGCAGAUGCAGAAAUGGGGAACGAGCAGCUGCAGCCGAGGAGCGGGCUGCCGAACGACCGGCAGCCUCGCAUGCCAGUUGACGUUAAGACCAGGUUCGCGACACCCCUCGGCCUGGCAGCGAUCGGAUAUCGAUUCUUCGCCUCCCCAUCGGUCCAGGACAUCCGCAGGGACUCGCCAAUCCCAGAAACGGCGAGGCACGCUCCCAUAUCCCCCAUAGGACCUGGAAGCAAUCAAGGAUUCAAGUCUUCCACCCCAACCAGUAGGGCCACGACGUCGACAGUGGCCGAACGUUUGGCCCUGAAUGCCCCAAGACCGACCAUGGAACGUCCAGGGACAUCGGGAAGAAGCACACCCACGCAGGCCUCUUCGGGAAGAAGCACCCCCACCAACCUGAUCCUCUCCCCAACGAAGAGCACCAUGUCCAGCGAGGAGCUCUUCGCCGCCAUCCACAAGUCCAAGAGGAGGCUGAACAUCAGAGAUGACGGCGAAAACCUGUCGCCAUUCGGGUCUACGAAUUCCCUGAAUCAGGUGCAACCUGGAACCAGGCACAGCUGGAGCCCGGAGUCGCAGAAAGUCCCCGAAAUUCCGCAAAGUGUCCAGCCACCCUCAGCAACGUCUCGCUUGGAUUUCAAGCGACUCCUUUUACAGCAGAACUCGAAAUCCGGACCCGUGCGGCUCUCAGCAGCCGAGCAACUGAAGCUAUCCCGCCAGCAAUGUCAAUAUCAGCAACACUCCCAGCAAAUCUCCCCCCAGAUCCCGCCAGUGAAGGUGUUGAGCCCCCGAUCUGUCUGGAGAUUCCAGACCCCGCGAUCGGACGUCUUAUCAUCAACAAUCAUCGAGGACGCCGCAGCCGAGGAGAAGGCUAUGAAGCCGUCCCCAGAGAACCCAUCCCCGAUCUCCAGAUUAAACCCCAGAAGGCAGCUGGACCUUAGCAGUAAUCUGGUCCCCCCAAAACCUGCAGAAAUUGAAAAAGAUCAGAAUAAUACCGAGUCGACCCAGGAGAGACUAUCCAGGCCAAGCUCUCAGGCUUCCGAGGGGCUGAAAACCGAGCCUGAGAAACGAGGCAACCUAGGCAUCAUCCCAGAUGCAUCGGCAAGGUCCUACAUCACUGCUGAGAGCCUGAUCGAUAAGGUCCUCUUCGACCGGAACAACAGGAACGCUUCUGAGAUUAAAGCUCUGGCAGAUCAGAGCGAAAUUCUUCAGGCUGCCCAGAAUGCUGCCGAUGGUCUCCCAGCAGCUUCUACAGCUUCCGUGUCCACCCCCAGGAGAGAAACUGCCCUCAAUUCCGUAGAAUCUCGCAGACUCAGCAAUCAACUCGCCAGGGCCCAAUUUUUGGCCGCCAUGCCUGGGAAUGGAAGACAAGCCCAGUCUGAGAAUCCACUUUUUCAGAAGCGCUUUAGAGCAAGGUCGGAAUCGCCUCAGCACGCGAUUACACAGAAUGUUGCUCGCAGUCCCAGUGCUCCCACCCUUGAGACCGCUCUGUGAUAAGGAGAGCGCGUUAUCUCAGAGGGGAGCGCGACGAUACGCACGCAGCCUCCGACUGCGGACCGAAUUAUCGAUAUUGCCGCCAUACCGCUAUUGCCUUUGUCUCCUGGUAUCGAUCCGAUCGAUUGUAAAGUUUCCGAACCAGGAAUCUCCGACUUGGAUCGAUAUCUCGAUCAAUUCCAACCCUCAGGCACAAAUCCUGGAUUGCCCUCGCACUGCAUCGUGACAAGUGCAAAUCGUUACUGUACUUUAUGCCGUUCUAAGCGAAGACAAUAAUUCCCGGACAUCGAUGCACUGUACUGAGGGAAUUCUGAGCGAUAGUUGUUCCUAAUUUGUUACUCAAAAUCGAGCCACCUUGAAAAAUAAUGGUUUAAAUCGUGUCCAGGUGUUAGAAUUUCGGUCCAUGGGACUGAUUUAGCGGUUGAAAUUCAUUUUUUUGGCUUUGUUUACGGUGUCGCUUUAUAUGUAGGAUUGAAAUUGCGUUAGGUAUGAAGUACCGUCACGAUUGUAUAUUUUUACUGUGCGGUGUUCUUAUUUUUAAUGAGCAAUCGAGGGGGAAUGACUCGCGACGGAAGGAGUGCAGCUUGGCGCCUAAUUCGCUUUUGUACAAAUUGACUUGCGAUCGUCUCGAUUAAUUUAUUAAUUUAUUCCCGUUCCCCGUGACGAUAUUUGAUAAGCCUCGCAUUUCGACGCCGCGCAUCAUUGUAUAUAGUGGAAGUAGGACUUGGUACAUAGGCAGGAUCGCGCGGAGAUUCAUGAUCGCUUUCUAGUCUAGUCGGGGGUAGAUUAGGACAUUUGGUUGAAAUCAUGAGAGGAUGCGCUUCUUUAUCUUUCUUUUCUAUGAUAUGAGCGAUCGGAUCUAUCGAUUCGAUAACGUAUGCCGAAGAUUUACGUUUGCGACGAAUCCGACCGCGACGAUGGAAGCGCUUUGCGACCCGGCGAGAUCGAGCCUGGAUUUUAUUAUCCACACGUAAUAUAUUCGACGAAUAUAGUGUCUAGGGAUUACGAAGAGUUGCCUUACGAUAAAUUAUUUGAAACCUUGCGGGGCGUCCGUACUUUGUUCGCGAAUUGUCGAAAAAAAAAAAGAAAUAUAUAUGUAUAUGAGACGCGCGAUAGUGCAGACCACGCGACGGAAACGCCGCUAGAUGUUAAGCCGAAGAAAUGCGUUUUGUACUUUGCUCAGAAUAAAAUGAUGAUUUUUUAAAACUGAA